UGUAAAUGAAACGUCAUGACGCAGUUCGUGUACGUAGCCGUCCUCCCCUUCCUUGUUUUGUAAACGAACAGGCCACGGAGUUAAAACCCCCACGAGCUCUACGGUCAACAUUAAACCAGUUAGACUAGCUGUCUGAGAAAAAAAAAACUAAAGAGACAUGACAGCCAAACGUGGCCUCAUCACAGAUACAUUCAAGGUGGUGAAGAAAGUGAAGAGAGGUGACAGAAAGAAUAAUAAACCUCCAUCACCCCCAGCUGCAGAUGUAGAACCUCCAAAACUGAGUGAGAGAGACAUUGAUCUGCAGGAGCUGAGGAAGUUUGACUUGGACUGGCAGUUCGGCCCAUGUACAGGGAUUAGUCGCUUGCAGAGAUGGGAGAGGGCAGCUCUACAUGGCCUGAACCCCCCACAGGAGAUUAAAGACAUACUGCUGAAGGAGAGUACAGACCCAGAAUACACACACAGUCUCUGGCGUGACUACCCCUUGUGAAGAAUCAUGGGUGAAGAAAAUAAGACAGCUAGAGAAAUGAUGCAUUAGUGAGAAAGAAUGAUCAUCAUGGAUAUUGUGAUUGGUCAUGUUUGAAUGUUGCUUGUUUAUUUUUUUUUCUUAUUUGUGCUUGCUAAUUUUUACACUACAUUUUUAUAAAGCAGAAGUUUAUAUGUUAUAAGUUUUAUUAAAACUGCUUUCUCUUAA